GACCUUUGACUGCUAGCAGCUUAGUGGAGAAGGUUGUAAGAGAGGUAAGAACACAUUCUCUAUAAUUCUAUGAAGAAUUUAAAAAAAAAAAAGAUACCAUAUUUUCCGGCGUAUAAGACGACAGGGCGUAUAAGACGACCCCCUACUUUUCCUUUUAAAAUCUACGGUUUGGGCUGUACACCAGCUCUUAAGACGAUCCCCGGCGUAUAAGACGACCCCCCAACUUUUGAAAAGAUUUUCAUGGGUUAAAAAGUCAUUUUAUACGCCGGAAAAUACGGUAUGUAGUGGAAAUCCAUUUGACAGAAUUAAUGCUUUGUUGAAAGUGUUUUUUAAAUUCAUUGUAUUUUGAGGAAUUAAUAUUUUUCUCAGUUUGUCACCUUGUAGAUACACAUUGUUUGCUAAUUGUUUUUAUAAAUUAAAAAGCAUGAGUCUUUUAAUGAAAAGGAAAUAAACUGUUUCAGGUGUGUGGAUCUCCCCCAGGCAAAGAUGGCUGCACUUCCUGUAGAAAAUCUGAGGGAUCUAGUAUUUGUGUGCCAUUUAUGGAGUCUAUACAACAAUCCCCUUGCUCUAGUAAUAUACCAGUGAAACAAAAUGGCAAUGAAAUUGUCUCCCCUCAAAAUCAUGUAGCAUGGCAGACCUACAGACAGACACCCCCCAGCCCAACUAAUGGUUUGUUCUUUGUUAACAAUGUUAAAACUUAAAUAUUUCUGCUAAUUAUAUUGUUAACAACAAUAAUUUUAUGAAGCAAUUGUUUGCAAUGAAUUGAACAUUUUAAAUGUGAUGAAUUUGAAUUUUUUUAUAUGUUGUGUAAUGAUAUAUUUUUCUCUGUACCAGAUAAUAUCAACCAAUGGCCAACUCAUCCUAUAGAAUCAGGAGAUCGCUCAGAUCAUGAGGAUACAAGUGUCCCCCCAGUCAGGAAAUCUCGCCGUGCAAACAGGGGCCAGAAGUACCAGGAACUUAUAAAAGAAGGUUUUAUCCAACCUUCAAGAGAGAGAUUAGCAGCCAGGAAUGCUGAGAGGAAUGGGAGAAGUUUUGGGUAUGUAACCCAUUUGGAAAUCUUAUUUUUCAUAUUUUAACCCCAAAAAACCUAUACAGCUGGAGCUAAAAUCAGUGAAUCUACAACAUCCAUGUCUAAUUUGUUUGCCAAGGAGUCUGACGAUUCAGUUAUCAGAUGGGAAGUUUUGUUUACCACAUUUCUUAUUGAAGGAAAUAUGUCUAGCCAACUCUGAUCAUUAAUGCCAGAGUCAGACAAAUGUUUCCAGACACGCAGAUAGCUAGAAGAUAAAAAUCACAAACAAGUGCAAGCAUGAAAGUUGUUAAUCUCUGUAACUUGCUUGUAACUAAAAUCAAUUGCAAUGCUUACCUAAGUGCAAAAAGGCCACAAGGGGAUAUGCUGGAAAACUUAACUCUUAGCAGCCUGUGUACAUAUGUUAAUAAAAUAGAUAUUCUGUUCUGUAUAUAAACAUUUCCAGUAAUGUUUUUCUCAUGUUCGGUGGACUCUUCAAAGAGAAUGGAGGUACCUUUACAUUUCUUUAUUUACUAAAAAAGGCUUGUGCAUUAGUAUGUAGAUCUUAACCAACGCCUCCUGCCGGGGCGCCCCCACACAUCCCUUUACAGAUUUUUUACUUGGCAGGUUGGCAGAUCUGUAUAUCCUCAUUUCUCUAUGAAUAUACAUUUGUUAAUUAUAUAGCAAUUAGUGCUCUCUAGACACAUUACUAAGCAAGAAGUAAGGAGUUUUUGAAUAUGCAAACAAUUUCUUUUUUCUAGUAAAGCAAAGGCUUUGUCUUAACUGGAAUGAUGAAAUCCUUAGUUUUUUUCAAUAUUUUUUCUUUCCCCUUGAAUAGAACUAGAGAUGAAUAUGAAAAGAUGGAGUGCAAAAGGACAUUGAAACGUUCAGCAAGUGAGAGGGAU